AUGUCACGACAGACAGUCACCUCACGCCAGCGUCGCGUGCUCACUUCCGAAGAAGCUCGCGAGAUCACACUGAAGAACCAGGUCAACUCACAUCUCUUACGGCUGCCAGGAGAGAUACGCAACAAGAUCUACGCGUACGCGUGUUCCCGCACUCAGGCCGUCUUCAACAACAGUCCUCGAGCCCGCAAGUCCACAGCCAUCAUAUCCACCUGUUCUCAGAUGCGCCAUGAAGCCCGCGCCAUCUUCUUCGCGCAUGCGACUCUCGAUUUGAGGGCGCUCCUGUUCUCGGAGUUCCCACAGACGCUUCCACACGCGGACUUCCAGCUCGUCACUUCCAUCCAUCUACGAUCGCAGCGGAUUACAAGGCUCCUAAGGGAGGAUGAGCAUUUUGUAGCGGAACGACAGGGAGCCAAACUCUUGCCGGAACUGGAGCGAGUAUAUGUCGCUGGUUGGAGUAAAUCGCGCAUGCCAAAGGAUAGUUUGGGGGUUGACGCGCUACGAACUUGGGCGGGAAAUGCGGACUUGCAGGUGGCCCACAGCUCAGCCUUCUAG